CAUCUUCUCCUGCGCCUCCUUCCGUCUUACUAAGGUGUGAGAAAGACCGUUGAUCUCCUUCCACGUCAUCCAUCCAUCCAUCUUCAUAGUCGAGCAGCUCACUGUCGAAGGGACGGACGGAUUUUGAGACUUCCUCAAAUUUUGUGAAAUUUAACAGUUAAGGUCCUAAUUAACCAUUAUGGCAACACAAGGGAACUUCGCCGUGGCCGUGAAGGAUGAGCCCAAAAGUUCUAACGCACCCAUCAUCUUCUCAUUGGAUGAAUUUGAAGAUGGGUGGUUACCCUACGAACUUGUCCGCGUUGACUCUGGAAACUACCCAAUUUUGAGGGGUCAAGACAAGAGGAAGCGACUACGAAAAGAGUGCUUGGAAGCUGUCAAAGCAGAAAAUCAGUUUUUCGACGACUGCCAGAAGGAUGAAUUGGCUGAAGGAAACCUCAAGGGCAAACGAAAGUCGGCAAGAAAACCAAGUUUGGUGGCGACUGAGACAGCUCGGAAAUUGCCACUUCGGGCGACUCGACGAAUUGGAACUGCAGGAGAAGGAGAUCCACCAAGUUUCGUGCCAUGCAAUCUGCCACGACAACGGCCUGCAUUUGAAGUCAGUCCUGCCAACUUUGAAGCCAACGGGAUUCUCGGAAAUGGGAAGGGCACUGUGUUUCCCAAGUAUGAACUUGAUUCGCAGUACAACUUCAUCAUUCCCGAGCCGCACAAGUUGAAGAAUGCUCCGUGGAAGCAGAGUCCAAUUGAGCCGCCGAAAGGGUUGGAACCAACCGUUUUAUCUGUGGCGGCGUCGGUGAACUUGGGUGCAGAUUUGGACCUGAAAGCCAUUGCUGAUGCAUGUUUGGAUUUGAGCUAUAAUCCCGAGUCAUUCGCACCCUUGGUCAUGCGUCUCAAAGAUCCAAUCGCCACGGCGAUGGUCCACCGAGGUGGCCGAAUGACCGUGGCUGGAGCCAAAUCGGUGGAGGAUUGCAAGAUUGCAGUGAGAAAGUUCACAGCGAUGGUUCGGUCGGUGGGAUUCAAUGUGAGACCAUUUGGAAUGUUGAUUAAAAACAUCUCUGCCACCUUCAGUGUUGGCUUCAAGAUUAGGUUGAGGCACCUCUCCAAGAAUCGAAUGCUCACCCCACAAAUAACAUAUGAACCUGACUCGUUUACCGGAGUUUCGAUGGCUUUGCCAUUUCCGAAAGCUAAUGUGAUGGUGUUCCGGACUGGAAGCGGGAUGAUACAAGGAGUUACCACUUUCAAGGAUCUCGAUAAGGUCUUGAAGAUUAUUUACCCCCACCUCAAAAUGUAUGCAAUGUAGGAAGGUCAGGAUCGCAAGAAACUAUUUGGCACUCGAAUUCAGGAUAAUCUUCAACUUUGGAAAUUUUUUUUGGAAAACUCGUAAACGAGGAUCAAAUUCACAUCAAAUUAAAAUAACUUUAAUUUCAUCUUAUUUUAUUUAAAUAUAUUGUUACUAUUUGAUAGAAAUUUGCAUACCAAUUCUAACCAAUGGUAAGAAUUAAAUAUGCACUUAUCUUAUGUAUUAUAAUUGUUCCAUAUAAAGUAUAUGCAAUAAAUAAAGCGAAUCUCCGAUAAUAAAA